AUGCUUCGCGUCUUGCAAAGACAUGCCCUAUCCGGACUCCGAGCGACUUACGCCAGUAGUGCCAGUGGUAGUGGAACCGCCUCAUCUUCGUUGACCAAUGAGGUCCGUCAGAAAAUCGACGGCGUCGUCAAGGUAAAGUAAGACGAAAAUAUUUGGAUCAUGAGCAUUUUUAGUCUGACGACGUCGUUGUGUUCAUGAAAGGUACACAGCAAGAGCCGAUGUGUGGAUUUUCGCGAAACGUCAAAUUGGUUUUUUUUCCGGCUAUGAUCGUUGAAGAUUCCAUGAUAACAUUACAGGUCCUCGAUUUCCACAACGUCAAAUUCACCGAUUACAAUGUUCUCACAGACCCGGAAGUACGAGAAGGAAUCAAGGCGUAUAGUGAUUGGCCCACAAUUCCACAGGUUUGAACAAAUUUUGCUUUUCCUUGCAACAACUAACAUUUUUAAGGUUUUCGUUAAAGGAGAGUUUGUUGGAGGUUGCGACAUUCUGGUCCAGAUGCACAAAGAAGGCGAGAUAAGGUGAGAUUUAUUUUUUCAAACGUGUAGUUCUUCCCAAAGUUGAAACUAAAUGGAAUCCGUAUUUUUCAGUGAUUUCUUGGACAGCAAGCAGAUACCCAACAAGUACGGAAAGAAAUAG